AUGCAAUUCAUGGACGAGCACCUUCCCAUGCUUGAGAUCUGGUCUGAACCUCAACACUAUAGGCGUGGAAGUGUGGACAUGCGUUCCGAAAGUGUCAGUGAAGAUCUUGAGAAAGUUUCAACGCCACUACUUCCUAGAGGACCUGUCGGACCACCUAAAAUCAUUGAAGUCCCCGAAAAUGUUACUGUACCUGAAAAUGAGGCGGCGGUAAUGAAAUGCAAAAUAGAAGGUAAUCCUGCACCAACCUUCAAAUGGCAGAAAGGCCUCCGAGAGGUCAUGAACGGAGGACGGUUUAGAAUUAUUACCGACCAGGCUGAAAAUAGCAUAAUUUUAAUUAUUCAAAAAUGUCGGUCUCAAGAUGACGGUCCUUAUACCCUUACCAUAGAGAACCAACAUGGUUCAGAUUCCGUGGCUGUUAAACUUCUAGUUACUUCUGAUACAGGCCUUGAUUUCCGAGCUAUGCUUAAACACAGGGAAUAUGAGGGCGGUGCAUCAGAUUCGUUAAAAGAGGAUGUCUCUAAAGGUGGUAAGAAGGACGAUAAACCAAUGACAGAGGCCGAAAGGCGACAGUCUUUAUUCCCUGGUAAGAAAGUUGAAAAGUGGGAAGUACCUCUAGAAGACAAGACUGUUCAACAACAAGUGGACAAAAUUUGCGAGUGGAAAUGCGUAUAUUCUCGCCCUAAUGCCAAAAUCAGAUGGUAUAAAGACAAAAAAGAAAUAUUUAGCGGUGGUCUCAAAUACAAGAUUGUUAUUGAAAAAGCAGUAUGUACAUUGAUUAUUAACAAUCCAGAAGUUGACGAUAGCGGUAAAUAUACCUGUGAAGCAAACGGUCUUCCGACUACAGCAACACUUACUGUUGAUGAACCUCCGAUGAAAUACAGUUUCAUUAGUCCACUACCAAAUACACAGGAAAUUUACCGAACCAAACAGGGUGUACUAACUUGUAAAGUCAAUAAUAAACGUGCCCCGUUGAAAUGGUAUCGCAAUGGAAAACUUGUAGAGCCAAAUGACAAAAGGUUUCAUCAGGAAAGCGAUGCUGUCGGUCGAUUCACUUUGACAAUUAAGGAAGUUAUUCAAGAAGAUCAGGGUGAAUGGAUGGCUAAAAUUAGCAACGAAGUGUUCAGCAAAGUUCAAGUUUAUGUUGAAGAACCACGUCACACGUUCGUUAUCCCACUGAAGUCACAAAAAGUGAUGGAAAAGGAUACAGCAACAUUGGAAUGUGAUGUUAAUGACAAGGAUGCGGAGGUUGAAUGGUUCCAUGAUGGAAUAAAAAUAGAUUUGAAUAAUAAAAAAUUUGUCAUUGAGUCUCAUAACAGAAAACGUCGGCUAACUAUAAACAGUGCAAAAUUGGAGGACCACGGUGAAUAUAAAUGUACCACCAAAGAUGACAUUACACUAGCGCAACUUAUUGUAGACGGGCUUGCUAUGUCUGCCAUGAACAAGUUUAUUGUAAAAUUGAAGGAUGUCGAAGUAGUUGAAAAAGACGACGUUGAUCUUCGCUGUGAAACCAAGGACACUAAAACACCUGGUAUUUGGUCCAAAAAUGGCAAAAUUAUUACAUCGAUGCCAGGUGGUAAAUUCGAAACCAGCUCCAGGGGUGGCGUUCACACGCUGAAAAUUAAUAAAAUUGAAAUGGUUGAGGCAGAUACCUACGAAAUUAACGUUGCUGGGCUGGAAGGCUCAUGCAUCGUCACUGUUCUAGAAGCAGAGAAAAAACCAGUUCUCAACUGGAAACCUAAAAAGAUUGAAAUGGAAGCCGGUAAACCGGAGGUUAUCAAAGUACCGUUUUCUAUAAAAGGUACAAGAAGAGGUGAUCCAAAACCAAGACUGCUCAGGAACGGAAAACCAGUAGACCUUCUCGAACUGAAGGAUUUAGUGGAAGUUGUCAUUAACGGAGACGUAGCAGAAAUUAAAUUUAAGAACCCGAAAAAAGAAGAUACUGGAAAAUGGACACUCGAACUCAGCAACUCUGGCGGUGCAGCACUAGCUCCCUUUGAAGUGUUUGUGAAGGAUAAACCAAAGCCUCCAAAAGGACCAUUAGAAACCAAUAAUAUUACUGCGGAGGGUUGCGAUCUCAAAUGGAAAGCUCCAGAGGUACAAGAAGGUGUGCCAGUUAAGGCAUAUAUUAUUGAAGUGCAGGAGGGACGAUCUGGCAACUGGCAGAAAAUUGGUGAAACGAAGGGCACUGAAUUUAAAGUUAAAGAUCUUAAAGAACAUGGCGAGUACAGAUUUAGGGUCAAAGCAGUUAAUGAGAUCGGCCCUUCAGAACCAUUGACUGGAGAAUCAAUACUGGCCAAAAAUCCAUACACUGUUCCUGAUAAGCCAAGAAACAUGGAAGCUGCGGACAUUUCAAAGGACUCGUUAACGCUGCAGUGGCAGCCUCCUGAGAGUGAUGGAGGAGCUCCUAUUGAACAGUACAUAGUAGAAAGAAGAGAAAAGUCUGAAAAAGAUUGGAAUGAAGUUGGUACCGUCCCAGGUGCUGAAGGCAAAAAAGUUUUUUCACUGCUUGACGACAAAGUUGUAGAAGGCAAAGAGUACUACUAUCGCGUCAAGGCCGUUAACAAAGCUGGACCUGGUGAUCCUUGUGACCACGGGAGAGCAUUCAAAAUUAUGGCUAAACCAGUUGCUCCAAGCUUUCCUGUGGGUGGAAUUCAUGAUAUCACUUUACGAGUCGGAGAAACAAUAAAAUACGACAUACCUAUAAUUGCUGAACCUUUACCAGAAGUCAUUUGGACAGCUAAAGGAAAACCUUUAAAGGCAAUUGGCAGAACAAAAAUGACUACCGAAAGGGGGAAACACAUUGAAAAUGCAGAAAGAGGCGACACUGGUAAAUACACGAUUACCAUGAAAAAUCCCAGUGGUAAAUGUGAAUCAUCGGCACAAGUAACUGUAAUAGCGAAACCAACUGCACCACAAGGACCGCUUGAAGUUUCUGAAAUUUGUGGCGAUGGUGCAUUGUUGAGCUGGAAUCCACCAGAAGAUGAUGGUGGCACUGAACUUCUCGAUUAUGUUGUGGAAGCACAAGAUAUUGACGAAAAAGGAAAGUUUGUACCAGUGGGUACUGUCGCUCCUAAUCAAACUGAAUUUAGAGUUACGGGUUUGAAAAACAAAGGGAACUAUAAAUUUAGAGUAAAGGCAGUGAAUAAGGAAGGAGAAUCAGACCCCUUAACCACCACACAGUACGUUCAAAUAAAAGACCCAUGGGAUGAACCUGGAAAACCUAGCCAGCCUGAAAUUACCGACUACGAUGCUGACAGAAUUGAUUUGGAAUGGAGACCUCCUCUAAAAGACGGUGGCGCUCCCAUCGAAGAGUACAUUAUUGAAAUGAAGGACCCUUUUACGCGAGAUUGGGUAGAAUGUGCCAGAUCUCCAACUACAAGUGCUUCCAUAAAGAACUUGAAAGAGGGAGAAGAAUACCAAUUUCGUGUAAAGGCCGUGAAUAAAGCAGGACCUGGACAUCCUAGCGAUCCAUCUGAGAGGCAGCUUGCUAAGCCGAAGUUUGUGCCUGCCUGGUUGAAACACGAUCUGCUGAAAAGCCUCACAGUAAAGGCUGGCCAGUCAGCAAGAUGGGAUGUCCAGAUUGGUGGCGAGCCAGCUCCAGAAAUUAAGUGGUACAAGAAUGAAACCAUUUUGGAAGAAGGAGGUUCGCUUCAGGUUGAAACUAAAAGACACGAUCAUACUAUUCUUUGCAUAAUGACUACUGUUCGAGCAGACUGUGGCAAAUAUCGUUUAACUGUCAAAAAUUCUACAGGAGAAGACAGUGAAGAGGCGGAACUUAUCGUUUUAGAUCGUCCAAGUUGCCCGCAGGGUCCUCUCCAAGUAUCGGAUGUUUUUGAAGACAACUUAAAUUUGGCAUGGAAACCUCCUCUUGACGACGGUGGAGAGCCGAUUGAGUAUUACGAAGUCGAAAAAUUAGACAUGGACACUGGACGAUGGCUUCCAUGCGCAAAAGUUAGAGAUGUAAAAGCGCAUAUUGAUGGCCUUCGCAAGGGACAAACAUAUCAGUUUAGAGUUAAAGCGGUGAACCGCGAAGGAGCUAGCGAUGCACUUGUUACUGAUCAUGAAAUUUUGGCCAAAAACCCAUACGACGAGCCUGGAAAACCUGGCACACCGGAAGUUACAGACUGGGACAUUGACAGAGUGGAACUGCAGUGGGAACCCCCAGCAAAUGAUGGUGGAGCUCCCAUUUCUGGUUAUAUUGUCGAAAAGAAACCAAAACAUGGCCGAGAGUGGACAGAAUGUGGUAAAACUGGCCCUGAAUGUAAGGCAGAUAUCCGAAAUCUCAAAGAGGGCGAGGAAUAUCAGUUUCGAGUGCGAGCUGUUAACAAAGCUGGGCCUGGAGAACCAUCCGAACCAAGCAGAAAAGUCAUAGCAAAACACCGAAACCUAAAACCACAUAUUGAUCGUGAGGCAAUGCAGACGAUGACAAUAAAAGUCGGUCAUGGUUGCGAGUUUGAUGUGCCCGUCAAGGGUGAACCUCCACCAACGACUGUAUGGACAUUCAAUGAAACAGUAACAAUAGAAUCCGACACUAAAAUAAAGAUAACCAACGAAGACUACAGAACACACUUUGUUUUGCAAGAUGCAACUAGAAAACAUGCAGGCAUGUAUACUCUGACAGCAACAAAUGUGAACGGUACGGACAAACAUACUGUUGAAAUCAUUGUUCUUGGACGUCCAGCCGCUCCGGAAGGACCGCUUCAAGUUUCUGACGUCUUUGAAGACCAUAUGACGCUCGAAUGGAAACCGCCAGAGGACGAUGGCGGCUGCCCAAUUGAUCACUACGAUAUUGAAAAGAUGGACACUGCCACUGGCAGAUGGGUACCGUGCGGCAGAACUGAUGCCACAAAAGCAGUAGUAAACAACUUGCAACCGGGAAAAAUAUACCAAUUCCGCGUUCGAGCGGUGAACAAAGAGGGAGAAUCUGAUCCUUUGGUCACUGAAGAUGGUACUUUAGCCAAAAAUCCAUUUGAUGUACCAGGAAAAGUUGAAAAACCAGAUGUAGUUGACUGGGACAAAGACCAUGUCGAUCUUCAGUGGAAGAAACCAGAUGAUGGAGGAGCUGCGAUUGAAGAAUAUAUCAUUGAGAAGAAAGAUAAACAUGGAAGAUGGGAGGAGGCUAAGAGGGUUCCCAGUGGCGAAUGCGCAACAACAGUUGACAAUUUAAAAGCUGGGGAAGAGUAUCAGUUCCGUGUAAUAGCGAAAAAUAAAGCAGGUCCUGGUGAGCCGUCGGAGCCCAGCGAUCGUGUAAUUGCUAAACCUCGGAACCUGGCGCCUCAUAUACACAGAGAAGACAUAAGAGACAUGACAGUGAAAGUUGGGGAAGCUGUUAGAUUCACGGUUCAUGUCGAUGGCGAGCCAGCACCAGAAAUUCACUGGCAGUUAAAUGGAAAAGCUGUUGAGCAAACCACUGUUAUUGAAAACAUUGAGUAUAUAACAAAGUUUGCAGUAGGAAAAGCUAAUAGAAAGCAAUCAGGAAAGUACACUAUAACUGCCACAAAUAAAAACGGCACAGAUUCAGUUACUUUCGAAAUCCACGUACAAGGUAAGCCAGGGAAACCCAAAGGUCCUCUGGGAAUUAAUGAUGUUUUCGAAGACCGUGCGACCUUAGACUGGAAGCCUCCAGAUGACGAUGGUGGUGUUCCCAUUGAAUACUACGAGGUGGAAAGAAUGGACACUAAAGACGGGAUGUGGGUCCCGUGUGGGCGUACCAAAGAUACUAACUUUGUAGCUGACGGACUGACUAAAGACAAGCAUUACAAAUUCCGAAUUAAAGCUGUGAAUGCUGAGGGUGAGUCUGAACCGCUAGAAUCAGAUUCCACUAUUCAUGCAAAGAACCCAUAUGAAAAGCCUAGUAGACCUGGAAAACCCGUACCAGUCGACUGGGACAACGAUCACAUUGAUAUCGAGUGGGCUAAGCCUGAAAGUGAUGGCGGUGCUCCUAUUGAAGAGUACCAGAUAGAAAAACGAACAAAAUAUGGACGUUGGGAACCUGCCGUUAAAGUUCCUGGAGACGUAACCGCAGCUACUAUACCAGAUCUCACUGCUAGAGAAGAAUACGAAUUUCGAGUUAUUGCGGUUAACAAAGGGGGCAGUUCGGAACCAAGUGAACCCAGCGUUCCAGUUGUUGCUAAGCCAAAGAACCUGGCACCAAAAAUUGACAGAUCUGCACUGCAAACACUGCAAGUCAGAGCUGGCCAGACGAUCAACUUUGACGUUCCAGUUGAAGGUGAACCACCGCCAGUAAUUACUUGGCUGAAUCCGGAAGGUCGGGAGUUGAAGCAUGGUGGUCGCGUUAAAUUGGAUAAUCCAGAUUAUCAGACAAAACUUCAAAUACGAACUGCAGAAAGGUCAGACAGUGGAAGAUAUACAAUUCGUGCCAGAAAUAUUAAUGGUGAAGAUGUGGCUGAAGUUAAAGUUAAUGUAAUUGAUAAACCCUCUUCGCCGGAAGGGCCACUAGAUGUUACCGACGUGCAUGCUGACCAUGUUCAACUGGACUGGAAACCACCUCAGGAUGACGGCGGCUUACCAAUAGAGAAUUAUGUGAUUGAAAAGUUUGAUGCCGCAUCUGGACACUGGGUUCCAUGCGCAAAGACAGACGCUGGAGUCACCACUGCUGUGGUUGAUGGGUUAGUUCAGGGCCAUGAAUACAAAUUUAGAGUGUCAGCAGUUAACGGAGAAGGAGAAUCUGCUCCGUUAGAGACUAUUGGAACGACAUUAGCGAAAAAUCCAUAUGAUACGCCAGCGACAUUUCAAUUACAGGCUAAAUAUGUGAUUGCAGGAAAAACCGAUAAACCAGAAGUCGUCGACUGGGACAAAGACCAUGUUGACCUACAGUGGAAGCCACCAAUUAAUGAUGGUGGAGCUCCAGUUGAAGGGUACGUCAUUGAAAUGAAAGAAAAAUUCUCGCCUUUCUGGAAAGAAGUAAAAGAAGUUCCCGCUGGGUCCUUAGCAGCAACAGUUAACGGCCUUAAACAAGGUGAAGAAUAUCAGUUCCGAAUAAAAGCGAAAAAUAAAGCUGGUGUAGGUGAACCCUCAGAGCCAACUGACUCCAUUAUCGCAAAAGCACGACAUCUGGCUCCAAAGAUUGACAGAAGCGCCAUUGAAGAAAUCAGGGUACGUGCAGGCACUGACUUCCAACUGAACAUUCCAGUGUCUGGUGAGCCACCUCCAGAAGUAACAUGGAGCUUUAAAGAUCAACCUGUAGAGUCAACUGAUAGAAUGAAAGUAGACAAUGUUGAUUACAAGACUAAAUUCACAGUUAAAAGAGCCUUGCGUUCCGAUACGGGAACGUAUUUGAUAACAGCCAAAAACGAGAGUGGUACUGAUACAGCAGAAGUAAAAGUUACUGUAUUAGACCGGCCAAGCGAGCCAAAUGGACCUCUUGCAAUUAGUGAUGUGAACAAAAAUGGUUGCACUCUACAAUGGAAAGAGCCAGAUGACGACGGAGGAGCUGAAAUCAGUCAUUAUGUUGUCGAGAAACAAGAUCUAAACACAGGCAGAUGGGCUCCAUGUGGUGAAACAAAAACAACCAGCCUUAAAGUAGAUGACCUUACUUCAGGACAUGAGUAUAAAUUUCGUGUCAAAGCUGUUAAUCGGUAUGGCGAUUCUGAUGCUCUUGAAUCAGCAGUUCCUAUUAUAGCUAAAGAUCCCUUCGAUACUGCUGACAAGCCCGGUACGCCAGAAAUUGUUGACUGGGAUAAGGAUCAUGCCGAUCUUGAAUGGACCGCCCCUCUUAACGAUGGUGGUGCUCCUAUAGAAAAAUAUGUUAUUGAGAAAAAGUUGGCAAACGGAGAUUGGGAGUACGCAGAAGAGGUUCCUGCAGAUAAGACUUCAGCUACUGUUAAUCACUUAAAGGCUGGGUCAACUUACCAGUUUCGCGUUAAAGCCAUUAAUAAAGCUGGAGCUUCAACACCUUCAGAUCCAAGCCGUUCUAUGGUAGCAAAGCCGAGAAAUCUGCCACCAAAAAUAGAUCGUGAAGCACUUAUGGAAAUCAGAGUGAAGGCUGGAGGCGAAAUCGAAUUUAAUGUUAAUGUGGAGGGCGAACCUAAUCCAAAGAUAGUUUGGCUUAUCAAUGAAACACCUCUUGUGUCAUCUGAUAGAACAAAAAUUGACAAUUCAGUAAACAAUAAUACAAAGUUAAAAACUACGAAUGCUACCAGAAUUGAUAGCGGAGUUUACAAAAUUGUUGCAACAAACGAAAAUGGAAAGGACGAAGCAGAAGUUAACGUUGUUGUUUUGGAUGUGCCGUCGGAACCUGUAGGUCCCUUGCUUCCAAAAGAAGUUACGAAAGAAAGUUGCACUUUGCAGUGGUCUCCACCAGAAGAUGAUGGUGGAAGUCCUAUAUCACAUUAUACCGUGGAAAAACAAGAGGCGAAUGGCCGUUGGGUCCCGUGCGGUGAGGCAACAAACACGACGUUUAGAGUUAAUAAGCUAGUAGAAGGUCAAGAGUACAAAUUUAGAGUGAAAGCCGUUAAUAGACAAGGACAGUCGAAACCAUUAACAUCAGAUAGUCCUGUUCUUGCUAAGAAUCCUUUCGAUGAGCCAGGGAAACCAACUGAUGUUGUGCCUGUCGACUGGGAUAAGGAUCACGUAGAUCUCGAAUGGAAAGCUCCGCUUAAUGAUGGUGGAGCACCGAUAGAAAGUUAUGUGGUUGAAAAGAAAGAUAAAUUUGGAGACUGGGUUCCAUGUGUAACAGUGCCUGGUAAUGUUACUAAAGCGACUGCACCAGACCUCCAUCCUGGCGAGAUUUACCAGUUUAGAGUAAGAGCCGUCAACAAAGCUGGUAAAGGAGAACCAUCUGAUCCAACUGGAGACAUUGAAGCCAAGCCACGAAAAAUGGCACCAAAAAUAAAUCUCGGAGGUCUUUUGGACAUCCGUGUGAAGGCUGGAACACCGAUUAAUUUGGACGUAAACUUUGAGGGUGAACCAAAACCGAAGGCAACUUGGAAGAUAAAUGACAAGCCCCUCAACGUUAAUGAAAGAGUCGAAAUAACAACAACUGAAAAAACUAGCAAAAUUUUCAUACCUUUCUCGGCGAGAGGUGACACUGGAGUUUAUACUCUUUCUGUAGAAAACGAGCACGGAAAAGAUAAAGCUUCUUGCCAAGUAACUGUCCUGGACGUCCCCGAAGAACCGAGAGGACCUGUUAAGAUAGCGGACGUCAGCAAAGAGGGAUGUAGUCUUAGCUGGCAGCCACCAGUAGACGAUGGUGGUUCAGAUAUUAUUUAUUAUGUGGUUGAGAAAAUGGACACUACUCGAGGAGCAUGGCAAGAAGUUGGACAAUUCCCAGAAUGUAACGCAAAAAUUAAAAAUUUGACAAACGGCAAAGAAUACAAGUUUAGGAUUAAAGCCGUCAACCUGCAAGGAGAAUCAAAACCUUUAGAGAGUCCUGAGGUUGUUGCUAGGAAUCAAUUUGAAGUUCCACAAGCGCCUGCGAAGCCUGAGGUUACAGACUGGGAUAGUGAUAGGAUUGAUAUUGAAUGGAAACCACCAACUGACAAUGGUGGAUCACCAAUCCAAAAUUAUAUCAUUGAGAAGAAAGAAAAGGGAAGCCCGUUAUGGACGGUCGCUGGCAAAACAGAUGGUGCUGAAACUUCAUUUUCAGCAAAGGGAUUGAAACCAGGAGCAGAAUAUGAAUUUAGAGUUACUGCGGUUAACGAAGCUGGUAACUCUGAACCUUCUGAACCAUCUGAUUCUCAGGUAGCCAGAGCACGUUAUGUCAAGCCAGAAAUAACGUCGCCUGCUAGAAAGUUCAAAGUCAAGGCAGGAUUGUCCCUGACGGUUGAAGCUCAGUUCGUUGGGUCACCCGAACCAACGGUUAACUGGGAAAUGAAGGAUGGCCAACCAAUUUCAGAACAGUUAAUAGUAAAUACGAAACAUGGUGAAACAAGUGUAUUCUUCCCUUCGGCUAAGAGGAGCGACAGUGGAAACUAUGUUUUAAAAUUAAGCAAUGAGGUUGGCGAGACAUCCGGUACCUUUGAAGUCAUUGUACUGGACAAACCUUCUCCACCAAAGGGUCCAGUUGAGGUCUCCAAUGUUACAAAAGAUAGCUGUACUUUAUCGUGGCAGCCUCCUGAAGAUGACGGUGGAGCGGAAGUUAGCAACUACGUAGUGGAAAAGCGAGACACUCAAUCAAAUACCUGGGUACCUGUGUCAGCUUUCGUGCCAGGCACUACAGUGACUGUGCCCAAGCUUGUGGAGGGACAUGAAUACGAAUUUAGAAUUAUGGCUGAAAAUAUUCACGGUCAGUCUGCUCCGCUUUCUACUGAAACACCUGUUUUAGCAAAGGAUCCAUUUGGAGUUCCUGGUAAACCAGGUAAACCUCAAGUUGUGGACCAAGAUGUAGAUCACAUUGAGAUUCAGUGGGAGAGUCCGCGAGAUGAUGGAGGAAACCCAAUCACGCAUUACGACGUUGAAAGAAAAGACGUGAAAACUGGUAGAUGGAUCAAAGUCAACACCAGUCCCGUGAAAGGUACAAGUUUCUGCGAUGAACGUGUUCAGAAAGGUCGUACUUACGAGUACCGCGUUACCGCUGUCAACAAAGCGGGACCUGGAAAACCAUCUGAUUCUUCUGGCUUGAUUACUGCUAAGCCAAUGUUUGAAGCACCAAGAUUCGAGAUGGACAUAAACGGAAAGGAAUUCAGAGUACGGGCUGGCGAACCACUAAAUAUAUCAAUUCCUUACACUGCGUCACCAGCACCAGAUAUUACAUGGAGUAAAGACGGACGUGACCUGUCUGGAGUAGAAACAGAUGAGUGGAAGACAACUUUAACUAUCCCCGUUACUAAGCGUUCCGAUUCAGGAAUGUGUAAAAUUCUAGCAACCAACACGUACGGCAGUGCUGAAGCAGAAAUUAAGAUUUCUGUGCUAGAUCGCCCUAGCCCUCCAGAGGGACCUGUAACUUACCCAGACACAACUAGAAGAACUGUUACAGUCGCAUGGAAGCCACCUUUAGAUGACGGAGGAUCUGAAAUUACCGGUUAUAGAGUGGAAUAUCAGGAAGUUGGCACAACGACGUGGGAGAGGGCUCUAGAGACUGUCAACGCACUCUCGUAUACAGUAAGAGCUUUGGAUCAUGGAAAACAAUACAGAUUCAGAAUCAGAGCUGAAAAUAUGGUCGGCUUCAGCGAACCGUUAGUUGGAGAACCUGUAAUAGUGAAAGAUCCUUACAAUCCUCCUGGUCCCCCAUCUACUCCUGAAGUUACUGGUUACAAUACUGAUCGUAUUGCUCUUAAAUGGAACCCGCCUAGAAAUGACGGUGGGUCUCCAGUUCUCGGUUACCUGGUGGAGAAAUUUGAGAAGAAAGGAGGUGGAGAUUGGUCAGUUGUAAAAAUGCCUCUGAUUAGAGGUACUGAAGCCGUAAUUACUGGACUUGCUGAAGGCGAAACUUAUCAGUUCCGCAUUAAGGCAGUAAAUGCUGCAGGUGAAGGAGAACCUAGUGGUGGUUGUGAACCUACGAUGUGUAGACCGUAUGUAACUCCUCCGGCAGCACCAGAUCAACCUCGAGUAGGAAAAGUGACAAAGGACUCUGCAGAAAUUCUUUGGAUGAAACCAUCUAAAGAUGGCGGUGCUCCUAUUGAAGGUUAUAUAGUAGAGAAAAGGAAGGCUGGGACAAAAGAUUGGGAACCGUGCACUUCAAGCCCUGUCAAAGGGACCUCUCUUGUGGUACAACCAUUAGAAGAAAAGGAGACAUACGAAUUCCGAGUAAAAGCAGUGAAUGCGGCGGGGGAAAGCGAACCCUCAAAGCCAACAGACAUGACAGUCAUAGAGGAUCAGCCUGGUAAACCUUUCCUGGACCUUUCUGGACUAAAAGACAUUACUGUCAGGGCUGGAGAAACAAUCGAAAUAAAAAUACCCUACACUGGUGGAAAUCCGAAACCGCUUGCCGAAGUUUUCAAUGGAUCUAAAGAAAUCUAUGAAGAUGACCGGACAAAAAUCACUGUUGAGCCUGGUUUUGUCAAAUUAAUAACGGAAAAUGCACAACGAUCAGACGCCGGUCCAUACAAAAUUAAUUUAUCGAACCGCUUUGGCAAGGAUACAGCCAAACUCAAUGUCAACGUUCUGGAUGCACCUGGUCCACCGGUCGGUCCAAUAACGGCUACAGAUGUAAGCGGAGAAGCAAUGACAUUACACUGGAAUCCUCCGCUAGACAACGGAGGUGACGACGUGACAAACUACGUUGUUGAACAAAAGCAGCCAAAUGGUGAAUGGGUUAAAAUUGCACAGCCUGUGGGUACCAGUUUCCGCGUCCGGAACCUUCAAAACGGGCAGGCCUACGAGUUCCGCGUUUCUGCUGAAAACCAGUAUGGUGUUGGCAAACCACUGGAAACUACAGAACCUUUAGUUGCAAAGAAUCCGUUUGAUACUCCUGGUCCACCUGGGCAACCAGAAGCAAUAGCUGCCACUGAUGAUUCCAUAACACUGCAGUGGUCAAGGCCUAUAUCAGAUGGCGGUUCUCCGAUUCAGGGAUAUGUUCUAGAAAAGAAAGAAGAAGGAACGUCUAAUUGGGUUAAGUGCGCCUACGGAACAAUCAACGACAUUCAAUAUAAAGUUACUGGCCUGACGCCUAGAAAGAGGUACGAGUUCCGAGUCGCUGCAGUAAACGCUGCUGGACAAGGCGAAUGGAGCGAAAACUCGGUUCCGAUAACUGCGCAAGUUGAAGUUUCUAAGCCAAGGAUUCAGCUUUCUAUGCUUGGACGUGAUAUUGUGGCUUACGCUGGAACCCCUGCUAAGAUUCUGAUUCCAUUCGCAUCUAGCCCUGCACCGGAAAUAACAUGGAAAAAGAAGGGUACGCCAAUUAGUGAGGACGAUAAACGCGCAAAGAUAGAAUCUAAUGACUUCCUCACUCAGCUGUGCUACGACAAAUGCGAACUUGGAGACUCUGGAGUUUACACAAUAAAACUCGAAAAUGAUGCCGGGUCGGAUACCAUUGAUGUUCGACUAUUAGUUGUCGACAAGCCUUCGCCACCAAAGAAUUUGACUGCUUCAGAAAUAUCUCCAGAUUCCUGCGUCUUAAGCUGGCAGCCACCCGACGAAGAUGGUGGUUCUCACAUUACGAACUACAUAGUCGAAAAAUGUCAUGUUAAAUCAGCUUUGGACGAAAAGUGGGAGAAGGCAUCUUCAUUUGUCCGCGGAACGACUUACACUGUUAUGGGACUUGAAGAAAAUGAAAAAUACAAGUUUAGAGUUAGAGCAGAAAACCAAUAUGGCGUUUCAGAACCAACUGAAAUUCCCGAAGCUAUAAUUGCUAAGUACCAGUUCAAUGUUCCUGGGCAGCCUGAUGCUCCAGCAGUGAAGGAUAUUGAUAGCACGUGGGUUGAAUUGGAGUGGGAUGAACCACCAAACGGAGGUUCUAAAAUUCUUGGAUAUAUCGUGCAGUAUAAGGAAUCUGCUUCUUCGAAAUGGAUAAAUGCGAGUACGCAACCUAUUCCAGAGACUCAUUUCCGUGUAUCUAAUUUGAGGGAUCGCGGAGAAUACCAAUUCCGAGUAAUUGCGAAGAACGCCGCUGGUUUGUCUAAACCGUCUCCUGCAACCGAAACUGUGGAAUUAAAACCAAAAUUCAGACCGCCCGGACCACCAACGCAAAUCAAUGCUGUUUCUAUAGGUCGUAACCAUGUGACACUGACUUGGGCACCACCACUAGAUGAUGGCGGUUCCAAGAUUACUGGAUACAUUGUUGAAAUGCGUGAACUUGGAAGUUCUUUGUGGCGUACAGUAAGUGACUAUAACGUUCAACAACCGGAAUUUACGGUCCCUAAUUUGAUUGAAUUCCGAGACUAUGAAUUCCGUAUAAUUGCUGUUAAUAAUGUUGGAAAAGGCUUUCCAUCGUUGCCCUCAUCACCGAUCAAGAUUCAAGAAAUGGGCGGAUCGAAGCCUCAGAUAGUUGUGAAGCCAGCUGAUACUACUUCGCCUUACAACAGAAGAGCUGUCUUCACUUGUGAAGCCAUCGGCCGACCAACUCCAAAAGCCAGGUGGCUUCGCAAUGGCCGUGAAGUACCUGAAGGAGCGAGAUACAGAACUGAAGUGCAAAAUGAUGUAUUCAGAUUUAUUAUUAAAGAAGUUUGGGAUAUUGAUGCCGGAGAGUACACUUGUGAAGUUUCAAAUGCUUUCGGCAGUGAAUCUGCAACUGCGAAACUGAUCGUUCAAGCUCCUCCCGUCAUUGAAAAAGACGUCGGAAAUGCGAUAUACGCUGAUGGAGAAAUGGUUCGCCUAAAGAUUUACUUUUCUGGAACUGGGCCAUUCCGUUAUCUUCUUACCCUUAAUAAAGAGGAAGUACCAAUGGAUCAUCCUAACAUACAUUUCGUUGACUUUGACAAUCAUGUAAUUAUUACCAUACCAGCAAUUCACAGUGCAGAAGCCGGUCGAUAUGAGCUGACUAUUAGCAAUGACAGUGGAGAAGCAAAUACAGCUUUUUGGCUUAACGUAACUGGAUUGCCAUCAGCUCCACAAGGUCCUCUACAGAUAAGUGACGUCAACAAAACAAGCGCCACAUUAUCCUGGAGUCCACCAACAAAUGAUGGUGGAGCAAGAAUUACCGGCUACGUUGUUGAGAAGCGAGAUGUAAUUAAAGAAGACUGGACCGAGGUAGCAAGCUCAGUUAAAGAUACUACAUACAUUGUUCCUGGAUUAUUUGAAGGCCAUGAGUACGAGUUCCGUGUCAGUGCAAUGAAUGAAAAUGGUCAAGGUCCACCACUAGUUGGAGAUGAAGCUAUCAUCGCCCGGCUUCCGUUUGAUGUUCCUGGUGCCCCUGGAAAGCCUGAAGUGGCAGACAUGAGUCCCGGUUCUUUGACUCUGACCUGGAAUCGCCCGCUGUCAGACGGAGGUGGCGGCAUAAGAGGAUAUAUCAUAGAAAAACGCGAAAAUGGCUCAGAUGUUUGGCAGAAAUGCAAUCAUGCUCCAAUCAAUGCUUUCAAUUACAACGUCGUCAAUAUGAUUGAAGGUCGUAAAUAUGAAUUUCGCGUUUUCGCUGUCAACGACGCUGGUUACUCGGAACCAUCACCUAAGACUGAGUUGACGUUCCAACCCGGGCCUGAAGGGAAGCCUCCAACAAUUGAACGGCCGCUUUCGGACACACUGGGUGAGAAAGGUCGUUCAGUGACCUUGGAAUGUGAGAUCUCUGGUACCCCUCGACCUGAAUAUCACUGGUAUCGUGGUACUCGCGAACUUGUUGACACAUCUAAGUACACUAUUACAAGCAAAGGAGAUGUACAGGUUCUUACCAUCAACAAGCUGCAGUAUGAUGACGCAGAUGAAUACACAUGUAAAGCUACCAACGCGUUAGGAACCCGUUCUACUAAAGCGCAACUGACGAUUCGAUCAAAGCCGAGAGUAUUUGUUCCUCCUCGCUAUCAUGGAGGCUAUGAGGCUGAAAAGGGUGAAGAAAUCGAGCUGAAGAUUCCGUUUAAGGCAUUCCCAAAACCUCACUCAAAGUGGACUAAGAAUGGUGAACCAAUCGAAGAAGGCGAAAAAUAUAGGAUAGAAACAGACGAACGUAAUACGACCCUGUAUAUUCAUAAUGCCACCAAGAGUGACUUUGGACAAUACAGAGUGACUGUUGAAAAUGACAUUGGUUCUGAUUCUGGCACAGUAUCAGUGAGUGUUGCUGACCGUCCAGAUCCUCCAAGGUUCCCUAUAGUGGAGAACAUUUUGGACGAAGCUGCCAUUCUGUCAUGGAAGCCUCCUGAGAUUGAAAGCGGCUCGCUAAUAACGAACUACAUAGUCGAGAGACGUGACACUUCAAGUGGGAAGUGGGAAGAAUGUGCGAAGACAAGAUACGGUUACAUAACUAUAGAAGGGCUAAAGCCAAACCAUUCAUAUGAGUUCAGAAUCAGUGCUGAAAAUAAACAUGGUGUGUCAGAGCCUUGUGAAGCUACUGCUCCCGUACUUAUUCCUGAACAAAGGCAUAGAAAGAAAGGCUGCGACGUGGAUGAAACUGGUAAGGUUAUACGAGGGAAAGGAGUCCCAUCUGACAACUAUGAUUCGUACGUAAUAGACGUGUGGAAACAAUACUAUCCUCAGCCUGUAGAGCCUAAAAAAGCUUCUGUUUAUGACUACUAUGACAUUCUUGAGGAAAUUGGAGCAGGUGCUUUUGGUGUAGUCCACAGAUGCGUUGAGCGAGCAACUGGAAACACCUUUGCAGCAAAAUUUGUCAACACACCUCACGAAGCUGAUAAAGCUACGGUCAAAAAAGAAAUUAAUACCAUGUCAGUGUUGCGACAUCCAAGACUGAUUAACUUACAUGAUGCCUUCGAAGACGAUCAAGAAAUGGUCAUGAUUUACGAGUUCCGCUUUAUUCGCACCAAGGUUCAAUCACCAAAACGAAAUGAUUUGGUUAUCCCUUCUUACAGCAUGUCUGGUGGCGAACUUUUUGAAAAGGUGGCAGUCUGCGAUGGCCUGCGACAUAUGCAUGAAAUGAAUUACGUUCAUUUGGACCUAAAACCAGAAAAUAUCAUGUUUACAACGAAGAAGAGCAACCAACUAAAGCUUAUUGAUUUUGGUUUGACAGCGAAGUUGGACCCUAAAGAAACUGUUAAAGUUACUACAGGAACUGCAGAAUUUGCUGCUCCAGAAAUUACGCUGGGUAAACCAGUUGGGUUCUACACCGACAUGUGGAGUGUUGGUGUCCUUACCUACAUUCUGCUUUCUGGGCUCUCACCAUUCGGCGGUGAAACUGACGAAGAAACUUUAAGGAAUAUUAAGAAUUGCGAUUGGAAUAUGGAUGAUCCUUGCUUCGCAAAAAUAUCUGAUAAUGCAAAAGAUUUUAUCAAGAAGUUAUUGCUUCUUGAUCCAAAUAGUCGUAUGACAAUUCAACAAGCUCUUGAGCAUCCGUGGUUGAAUAACGCUCCAGGAAGUAGUGCUUCUGAAAGAAUACCAAGUGAACGUUAUCAUUCAAUUCGUGACAGUAUUAGACAUAAAUAUGACGCUUGGCCCGAGCCAAAUCCACCAUUGGGUCGUAUUUCAAAUUACAGUUCAUUACGGAAACAUCGUCCAGCAGAAUACCACAUUCAUGACGCAUGGUUUAACAGAGAAGAAGGACAACCCCGAUUUAUAAUCAAACCCUUCAGUACUACUUGCAAAGAAGGCGACAGCGCAACAUUCUAUUGCAGAGUCAUUGCUAUGUCACCACCGGUAGUUACAUGGCAUAAAGAUGCUAAUGAGCUAAGGCAAAGUGUCAAAUAUAUGAAGAAGUACAACGAUAAUGACUAUGCCUUAACCAUCAACAGGGUAAAAAUGGAUGAUAGGGGUGAAUAUACAGUUAGAGCUCAGAACUCAUAUGGAACUAAAGAAGAGAUUGUCUUCCUCGAAGUUUUAAGUAAUUUUAUGAUGCUUCUUAGAAACUUCCUUUCUUGUAGUCAUUUUGUAUGACA